AUGGGUGGAGGUCAGUCAAAGUCCAUCGCUUCGAAAACAUCCAGAGCUACAAGAGGCGAACGUGGAACUGCGGGAUCAGAUUCAUCUGCUAUGGACAAAACUCCGGCCUCCAGCAAUAUCAAGGGCGAGGAUAAGGACGACGAUAAAGAGGAUGGGAUUGUUGGGGAAGGUUUGCUUGGAGAAGGACGUUUUCUUGAAGUGCCGAGACGAGCCCACAAUGUUUGCGGAGUUUUUGAGGACACUUAUCUGAUUAUAGAGCCUUUUGACGAUCAAAUGGAAAGGGAUUUGGCUAUCUACAGUAUCUUCAACACGGUGGAGCCUUGGCAGACAAUGGUUGCCUAUGUUGCUAGACCAGAAGCAACCCGAAGAGAUGCAAAAGAGUCAUUUGAUGGAUUUCUGCAAGUCGCGAGAGCUCAUGAUGCAGUAGAAGGAGAGGGUGGUAAAAAGGUUAAUCACAUCCCAAAGUGCAUAUUGAAGGGGAAAUUGAAAAGGCUUGUCUUUGGCAUUGAAGAAUUCCAGCAAUACGAACACGACCCGGAUUGGAUUAAUAGACCAGCAAUUCUCUACACUAUGCCGGCAGGAGUUUUUGUCAGUUCUUUGUUGGCAAAUGCUCCUCUUGGGAUUGUGGAGCCUUGGCUUGCUUUAGUUGUUGGAAUUGGUCUAGUACAAGCUUUGAACUCUCUUCACAAAUUGGGAUUCAUCCAUCGCUAUGUUACUCCUUGGAACUUUUUGUUGAGGACUCCAUUCACUGUAGAAGGCUUAAAGGAUGGUAUUAUGCACAUGGACUUCAGUUUGGCUGUUAGGUGGCCUUCCAGGCAGAACAAACACGACGAUUUGGUUGGAACGCGCAAAUAUAGUUCAAAAAGGGCUCUUAAUCGGCAUAUUCAGGGUCCAGCAGAUGACUUCAUUUCUGUAAUCUACAUUGUUGCCGAACUGAUAAGUGGAAAGCUUCCUUGGCGUGCAGCAAAAUCUGUUGCUGUAGCUACUACAUUGCGUAAUACUUUUGCCAAUCAUGUUACCUUCGCCCGAUUGCCUAGAGAGAUUCGUCUUCUAUAUCAUCUACUCAAUCGAAUCCCUGGAACUAAAGAACCCGACUAUGGAAUGAUAUUGAAAAGCUUCACAGAUGCACUUAAAAGAAGGGCGCCAGAUUUGCAGAUGAAGGAACUUCCUGAUUGGAUGUCGAUGCCUGCAACAUAGGAAAAAUAAAGAGAGAAGAAUAUGUAGGCUGAUAAAUAAUAAAUAUAUCUCGAUAAUGUUGUGAUAAUAAUAUAAAUAAUGUAUGUAUUUUGUAUGUGUAAAUAGUGUGCCCUUUUUGUAAAUAAAAUUGUUGAUUAAAUUUUAAAGUAUGAGCAAUGAGUAGUCCCGGAGGGUUUCGACAACCUAACGGCUUAUGACUUUUAUAGUAGUUAAAGUUGUCCCGAUUAAUUUCUGAACGAUUAUAUGUAUUUU